AUGAGUGAGACUUCUCAAGUCAGCGAUCUUAAAAAGGUGUGGCUCGUGACUGGAUGCUCCUCAGGUUUCGGCAAGGAAAUCGUAGUGAAGGCGCUUGCUCGAGGAGAUCACGUGAUUGCCACUGCUCGCGACGUGAGCAAACUUCGGGAUCUUGAAGACCGAGGCGCUCGCACGCUGGCGCUCGAUGUGACAGCAGAUGAUGCGGAGCUUGAAAAGAUGGUUGCAAAAGCGCUCACUUUCUACGGCACUAUCGACAUCCUCGUGAACAAUGCGGCUUUCUUGCUUGGUGGAGCAAUUGAAGAGUGCUCAAGCGAAGAGGCGUACCAGCAGUUCGACACUAACGUAUUCGGAGCGCUGCGUAUGCUGCGGGCUGUACUGCCCCACAUGCGUGCUAAACGGUCUGGUGUGGUCGCGAACAUUGGGUCCGCGAGUGGCUGGACUGGGAUACAGAUGAUGGGCGUGUAUGGCGCCACCAAGUUCGCUCUGGCAGGGCUUACACUGGCCUUGCGCGCCGAAUUGGAGCCUUUUGGGAUCGAAGUGACGAUCAUUGAACCAGGCUCGUUCCGCACAUCAAUUCUGGGCAAGGGCUUCUUGCCCAUGAAGAACUCGAUUCCAGACUACUUGCCUAUCACACAACCUCUGCACGACCGCAUCACCCGGCUCAACGACACGACGUCCGGAGAAAAGCAGCCUGGCGAUCCAGCUAAGGGCGCGGUAGUGAUCGUCGAAGUGCUCACCAAGACCGGCCGUUGCGCCGGCAAGGCAAUUCCCAGUCGCAUGCUCUUAGGCAAAGAUGCGGUGAAAAUCGGGGAUGCCGUGCUGCAGGAGACCCUUCGCGAAUUUGAUAGUUGGGCUCCGCUAGCAGUAUCGACGGACUACGACGAUGCUGUCCAAAAUUCACUGUGA